AUGGCUCAACUCCACAGCGCCCCUCCAUUCCGUGCAGAGCAUAUGGGAUCUUUGCUCCGCCCGGAGAUUCUCCUUGAGGCGCGGGCCAAGAUUCGCGAUGGUGCAUCCGAGGAGGAGGCCGGUCUGCCUGCUGUCGAGCGCAAGGCUAUCGCCGAUGUGGUGAAGAUGCAGACUGAUCUCGGCUACAAAGCAGUUACAUCCGGUGAAUUCAACCGCACUAGGUUUUGGGGACUCACUUUUGAUGAGUUUGGAGGAACCAUUCGCUUGCAGGAUGCUGAUGCCUCGAUGUUCCGUCUCUAUCACCCUGAUGUCGUCAGUCUGAUCGAAAAAGAUCGCAAGGUCAUGCCCGGUGACUCGGUCAUCGCCGGUUCCAAGCUUUACUGGAGCCCGGAUAGGUCCGUCUCCAACCUGCAUGAGUUGAAGCUUCUACAGGAGUCUCUUCCUGGCCCCACAGGGAAGAUCACAAUUAUCACGCCUUCAUGGUUUCACAUGCGCUACAAGCAAGGCAAGGCCUACACACCGGAAGCCUAUGCCAACGAUAGCGAAUACUUCAAGGGUGUAGCCCAGGUCUACCAGGCCGAGCUGGACGCGCUGUACAAGGCUGGUCUGCGCAACGUGCAGUUCGAUGAUCCGAACAUGGCUUACUUCUGCUCCACCUCUUUCCGUAAGGGAUGGGAAGAGGACAAGGAUAACAUUGGCACUGUCGAUGACUUGCUCGACGCUUAUAUCCAACUCUACAACGACUGCAUUAGCAAGGUUCCUGCGGAUAUGCACACAGGUAUUCACCUGUGCCGCGGAAACUUCAUCGGUGGACGCCACUUCGCCGAGGGUUCUUAUGAUAUCAUUGCCAAGAAGCUGUUUGAGAACCUCAAUGUUAACACUUUCUACCUCGAGUACGACACUGAGCGGGCCGGUGGCUUCGAGCCUCUCAAGUUCCUCCCCAAGAACAAGAAUGUCGUUGUUGGUGUGAUUAGCACUAAGCUCCGUGAGCUGGAGGACAAGGACGCCGUCAAGGAACGUAUCUACAAGGCUGCUGAAUUUGUGGCAGCUGGUAGUGGUGAAACCCGCGAGGAAGCACUCAAGCGAGUCUGUGUCAGCCCUCAGUGUGGCUUCAGCACUCACGAGAGUGGAUAUCCUCUGUCAUUUGAGGAUCAGAAGAACAAGCUGAGCCUGGUCCGCCAGGUUGCGGAUGAGAUCUGGGGCGAGCCAUAA